AUGCCUUCACCUACAACACAAUCAGUCAAUGUCGAUAAUGGUUCGAAAUGUGAUGAUGUCUUGAAUAAUGGCAAUGAUAUUGAAUUCUUGAAAAAACAUUUACCACAUGUGGAUAUCGAAACUGGUUUAAAACAUCGCACAGUUCAAAGAGAUCCAAUUACCGGUCUUGGAGCAUUACCAAAAGAACAUGUUGAACUUGGACGUACAAGAAAUGCUUCAACUGGUAGACCGGCUUUCAACACAACAUUAAUUGCAUGGGAUGUAGAUAAUGCAACAAUAUGUAAGAAUAAUGGACAUACAACUAAGAAGAGUAAACAACCAACACGUAAUCCAAUCGCUUUAACUGGUGAUCUUGGUGAUGAAGUUGAUAGAUUACGUACAACUAAUGGUUCACGUAGUGGAACUCCUCGAGAACCACAACGUGAUCCCAUUUCUGGGAGAGGAAAUUUUGGUGAUCGUGAAUGGGAUCCAAUUGGUAGAUAUAAUGGAAAAACUAGACGAGCCAAAAGUUCUACUGGUAUUAGAACUAAUCCAUUAACUGGUGAAAAUGUGAAAACUUUCACUGUCAUGGCUGAGGAAAGAUGUACAAAUAAAGAAAAUGGUGUCUGCAAACGAAAUGUUUCUACGAAGAAUAUUUUCACUGGAGAAAAUUGUGAGAAUUACACAGUUUCACCUGAAUUGAAAUCUCCUAUUAAACGUGUACAACGAGAACCUUCACGUAACGCUAUAACUGGUGAGAAUUGUGCAACAUAUGAUUAUAAUUCUGAAGUUAAAAUAUCAAAAAAGCGAACACCAGUCAAAAUUUCAAAUCCAUUGAAUGGUGAGAAUGUUAGCGCUUUUAUGGUAUCGCAAGAAGAAAGACCACGUACAGCUAAACCUUAUGUAUACAGGAAUACAGUGACUGGUGAAAAUCUUCAAAGUUACAAAAUAACACCAAUUGAAAGAAAUGUUACACCUAGAGUGGUUAAAGAUCGACAAAAUCCAUUAAGUGGAGAGAAUGUUGAAAGUUACACUUAUCGUUUAGGGGAAUCUAAAAGGACUGUCAAAAAAAGAGAUCUUAGUUCACCAUUAACUGGAGAUGGUUCACGUGGUCGUUCAUAUACUAUAUCUAUUGAAGAAAAACAUUUAUCCCAACCAAAUUUAAAUAUAAAUGAACAUGAUUCAACACACCAUACAUUAUCAUCUAAGUCUCUUCGAAAUAUAUUAACAGGUGAAAAUUGUAUCACAUAUAAUGUAUGUCAAGAAAUGAGAAGUGAAAAAGUUGACAGUACGACAAUGAUGAUGAAUGGAAGUACACAUAAAAAGUCUUCCUACAAUAUUAUAACUGGUAGUGAAAAUGAAUGA